AUGUCGUUGAAAGAUCUUUGCCUACUCAGCCUGCUGAUGGUCGCGCGUGUCAGCGCUGAUAAGCACCGCCUUUGCGCCUGUAUCAGCGACCAGGGUCUUGUUGGUGUUCAAAUCAACGACGAUGCAACAAAAGCAGUUGUCAACGCGUACGACGGACGGUUCGUUUAUGCUGGAGGCAAUUGGUUUUCUGAUGAGCUACACGGCGCGCCGUACAGCGGCCCUUACUGGCAUGCGAUAGAAGGAACAGUCAACGGUGCCAAAGAUGAUGGGUGGGUCGGCGGUGAUGAGGCGCAUGGGCUUUGCAAGAAGCAGAAUUGCGACAGCGCAUGCUUCUCGCCUGGGGAAUCUUUCAACUGGCAGGGCUGUGGGCCAGAUGAUGAGUGCUUCACCUCCAAGGCAAAGAAGACGGAUAAGUUUGGUAACCCUGUGUAA